AUGUAUGAGCAUGACGUCCGUCAUCAAGUCUUCGUCAUUUCGAAGACCGGAGACCGGUACCAUGGCCUAGCUGCGGCUAAUUAUGAGACCCAUCUCGGUUUCAGUAGUAGCUCUGGUGCAACAGCUCUUGAAUGCUGUCUCAGAUUACUUGAUAUCUUCCAGAGCCCAGACAACCGAACCCUUCUUCAACAUGAGCUAUAUGAUGCAAGUUUGCUCAGUGAAGAGGAUUACAACGAGGGAGAAUGGAGCAAAUGGCACGGAUACCGCCGGAAUGAAGAUUGGUUGGACGAUGAAGAUCGACCGGACGAAGGCCCUAGCCUCUCCAAGUUCUCGUUCAUAACAACCUGCAUGGUCCUCGGAAUAUCCGCUGCACUGAACAGAGGCAGGGUUUCUUCUCGGCUGAUACUGACUCCUUGGAAUCUCCACAUUGAACGGGCCGAUAACGACGGUUGCAAUACAAUUGUCGACAUCAACUAA